CAAUUUAAUUAUGACCUUUGGUUUUGAACUUUGACAGCAGGUAUCAUUAUAAAUAAAAACCCAGAACUAAGAAGAUGACGCUCUCUAAUAUUGAAAACAUAGUCUAAUACGACCAGAUGAGCCAUCGAAACAUGUCAGUUUCUAUUCAUUUCCUUACAAUCCUUGUGGCCCUCUUUAUCGCUCGGGCAAGUUGUAGAGCUCUGCUCUGGCACCCUGAGAACCGGACUGCGCUCUUCGUUUUCGGGGACUCUCUGUUCGACCCUGGAAACAAUAAUUUCCUCAACACGACAUCGCAGUACCAGGCAAAUUUCUAUCCUUACGGAGAGACCUUCUUCAAACAUCCAACUGGAAGAUUUUCCGAUGGCCGUAUUAUACCUGAUUUUAUAGCUGAAUAUGCAGGACUUCCGUUGAUUCCUCCAUACCUGCAGCCUGGAAAGUACGAGUUCAUGGGAGGGGCAAACUUUGCAUCUGCCGGUGCGGGUGCUCUUGCUGAAACUCAUUCAGGAUUCGUGGUCGACCUGAAGUCGCAGCUGAGGCAGUUCGAGAAAAUAGAGAAGCAGUUGAAGAAGAAUUUUGGGGAUGAAUUGGCUGCGAAAACAAUAUCGGAGGCUGUUUACAUGUUUAGCAUCGGAGGCAACGAUUACGGCUCCCCUUUCUUCACGAACUCCACUCUGUUCCAGUCCCAUUCUCACGAACAAUAUGUAGCAAUGGUGAUCGGGAAUCUUACUUCAGUGAUCAGUGGAAUACACAGCAAAGGAGGAAGGAAAUUCGGGGUCAAUAGCUUAGGGCCACUCGGUUGCCAUCCCGUUAUGAGAGCCCUAGAAGGCACUGGGGCUUGCUCAAAGGAACUCAAUGAGCUAGUGAAGCUCCACAAUGGAGCUCUUGCGAAAGCCCUCCAGAAGUUGGGGGCCAAAUUAGAUGGAUUCAAGUACUCGAACUGCGACCUUUUUUCCGUUGUCAUGGAACUGAUUGACAACCCUCCCAAAUACGGUUUCAAGGAAGGCAAGGAGGCAUGCUGUGGUUCAGGUCCCUACAGGGGAAGGACAAGCUGUGGGGGGAGGAGAGGGGAGACCGAGUACAAAUUGUGUCCGAACCCCUCCGAGCACAUCUACUUCGACUCCAGUCAUCCGCCAGAGAAGGCCAACCAGUACUAUGCCGAGUUGAUGUGGAGCGGAAGCAUCAAUGUAACUGGACCGUACAAUCUGGAAGAGCUGUUUAAGCCUAUACAUAGACAAACAAAAAAUUAAUUAUUGCGUUGUGACAAGUCAAGCUGUUCGGUUUCUACUUAAAAUAAUUAAACUGAAUCGUGAAUAAAUCGAUGUUUACUAGGUUUUUGGAUAUCAAGUACUGUUGACUGAAAAGGAAAAAGGAAAAAGCGAAUAGUACUCCAUUGUCUUGA